ACCAAUUCAUGUCGCUAAGCAUCCUAUUGGGCUUGAUUCUCGGAUCGAUGACGUGAUGACACUCUUAGAUGUUAGUGCGGAUGGUGCUCGGAUGAUUGGGAUCCAUGGCAUGGGUGGCAUUGGUAAGAGCACUCUUGCCAAGGCAGUGUUCAACAAUAUACGUUUCAAUUUUGACCCCAGUUGUUUCCUCUCAAAUGUUAGAGAAAAGUCGCAAACAAAUGCUGGUCUUGUCAGUUUGCAAAAACAACUUCUCAAAGAAUUGUUUUGCAUCAAUCUUAUCAAGAGAAAGAUUGGGUCUAAGGAUGUUCCCGUUGUAAUUGAUGAUGUUGAUCACUACAGGCAGCUCGCAAAAUUGGCUGGUAACAUUGAUUGGUAUUGUAAACAGAGUAGGAUCAUCAUCACUACCAGGGACGAGCAUGUGUUAAAUGUGUGUAACAGAGUGCAACACCAUCAUAUCUACAAGACUAAGGCAUUAGAUGAUGCACAAUCUCUCGAACGCUUCAGCUGGUGGGCAUUUGGGAGGGAUCAACCAAUGCAAGAAUAUGCGCAGCUCUCUAAGGAUGUGGUAUCCACUGCUGGGGGGCUUCCCCUGGCUCUCGAAAUUUUGGGAAAUUACAUAUGCGACAAGACAACUAUUGAAGAGUGGGAAGUUGCAGUAGCAAAGUUCAAAAUAAUUCCUGAAAAUGAUGUUAUGCAAAAGCUUCAAAUAAGUUAUGAUGAUUUGGACCAAAUAGAGAACCAAAUAUUUCUUGAACUUGCAGGCUUCUUCACUGGAUAGAACAUGGAUUAUGCAAUCGAUAUAUGGAAAGGUUGUGGUUUCAAUGCUUUAAACUCCAUAGAAAGACUCCUGCAAAGGUCACUAAUAAAGAUUGAUGAUGAGGAUAAUUUGUGGAUGCAUGACCAACUUUGUCAAAUGGGUAGAUGGUUUGUUGAACUAGAAAAUCUCGAUGAUCCUGGAAGGCGUAGUAGGUUGUGGUCUCAAGAUCAGGUCAUUGAUGUGUUGAGGAAUCACAAGGGGAGUAGUAAGGUCCGAGGCCUAAUCCCCAAGGGAAAGAAACAUGAGCAUAAUUGGGAAACUGAAGCAUUUAGACCAAUGACCAAUCUGAAGCUACUCAGCAUCCGUGAUGCAUAUCUUAAUGGAAGGUUCAAAUCUCUCUUAUCAGAAUUAGUGUGGCUAAAAUGGCAAGGAUGUCCUUUGCAGUGCCUCCCAUAUGAUUUUAGCGAUGAAAAGCUUGUUGUCCUUGACUUGUCAAACAGCAAGGCUAUCCAGGACUUGUUAAGGAGCGAUAUCAAGCAGCCCAUCCAAAAGUUGAAGGUUCUUGAUCUCAGUUAUUGUGAGAAAUUAGAAAGGAUUCCCAACUGUUCUCUACACCCAAAACUGAAGAAGUUGAAACUCCGUGGUUGCUCCAAGUUGGUUGAGAUUCCUAUCUCCAUAGGCUUACUAGGGAAAUUAGUUUUUCUGGAUCUUAAAGGAUACUCCACCAUCAAGGAACUACCAAGUAGUAUUUCAGGAGGUCUUGGAGCUUGCUCCGCCCUCAAGGAACUGCCAAGCAGCAUUUCAAGAUUGCAUUCUCUUGAAAAGCUUAUCCUAUAUAGUUGCCACAAACUUAAAAAGCUACCUGAGCAGUUGGGUUCCAUGCAUGCUUUAAUGGAGCUUGAUAGGAGCCAUAGUGGCAUAGCACAACUACCUGAUUCGAUUGGGAAUUUAACCAACUUGAGAAAGCUUUACAUGAGAAAUACAAUGGUAAGAGAACCGCCACAUUCACUAGGUGCAUUAGUGAACCUUGAGGUGUUGAUUGUGUCUCAGUGCAAGGUACUCAGUAAAUUCCCAGCAUCAAUGGAAAGGAUGACAUCACUACAUUUGUUAAACAUGGAGAAAACUGCUGUAGCCACAUUGCCUAAUGAAUUUGGAUAUCUUUCUAACUUGGAAUCAUUGUAUAUGAGCGAGUGUGAACAGUUAAAGGAGUUCCGAGAAAGCUUUGGAAGUCGUACAAGUUCAGAAUUUCUCCAUAUACCACACAACAUCAAUUUGACAACGCUUUCAUCUACUUCCUCAUUGAAUGCAAGUAAUUGUAACCUGAAAGGGAUGAUUUCCGAUGACUUUGAAGAGUUAUCCUCAUUGAAAACUCUGGAUCUCAGCAAAACUAAUUUCCAGGGCUUGCUCAGAAGCAUUAGGGGCCUUUCACAAUUAGAAAGUCCGACCAUAAAAAAUUGCAAGCAACUGGUGGCUAUCCCUGAGCUCCCCAACAGUCCAAAGCAUUUGGAUGCUUCCGGAUGCAAAAGUUUGCAAACCUUGCCCAAGCUAUCUCACAUUUCUAAAUUAGCAAAGCUGCUUAUAUGUGAGUGUAGGCGGUUGGAAGAUAUCCCUGACCUCCACACCAGUCUGGAAUAUCUAGACCCUCGGGGAUGCCAAUGUUUGCUAAUUGUGCCCAAGCCAUCUCACCUUUCUAAACUUGAAAGGUUGGAUUUUUCAGACUGUAAGAGGUUGUUUACUAUCUCCGAUCUUCCUGCCACUUUGAAAACUUUGUAUGCUUCCAAUUGUAACUCGUUGCAAAAUAUACCCAACCUCUCUCAUCUCUCCCAACUUGAAGUACUGGAUCUCACAACUUGUACAAGGCUGACUGAGAUACAAGGUCUCAGUGGUUUGAAAUCUUUGAGAGCCUUGCAUUUGAGUGGGUGCAGCCCUCACAUUUUGCAGUUGAUUCGACAGAGCCCUCACCAGGCAAAAUACCUAUUUGAUUCGCCAGCUGAUAGUGAACAUGAAGAAACAACCCAAAUUAGGAUGAAAUUGGAGGGGCAGUGGCUGAUGCAGACACGAGGGCAGAAGCAAUUAAGCCUUGAAGCUUCUGGCAAGUAUCUCCAGAAGAUCAUCACAAAGCAGCAAAUGUUCAGUGGAGCGUUCAAUACUGGUGAAGCUUCAGAUGAGUUGGUUCCCCAUGCUUCUGUGACCAGAACCUCAAAACCACCCAUUUGUGAAGGCUCUCCCUUUAAGAAAGAGAAGGUUGUUCUUGAGCUCUGGGAUAAUGAUAGCAAUACUAGUAAGACCAAUCACGUUGGUUCAAUGGCCAAUGAAGAAGAAGAACAUCAUCAACACAUAAUGACAGAAAUAGCAAACCAAGUCGAAUUUAUAACACUGUGGGAUUACUUGGAAAAUGUAAGAGAUAAGGGGUGGAAGCUUGGUGAAGCGAUUCUGGAUCAGACACAAGGGAAGCUGGGCUAGGGCAGAGAGAGAGAUUUCAGGGAAAUCUGGCAAUGCACGUCAAGAACUUAGAGAAAUGAGGAAAGCACCACCUUCUUUGAGCGUCUGAUACACACACAAAGCAAAGGCAGAAGGGAAACUCACACACACACAUACUCUCUCUUUAGAACAAUAUUUUUUCCAACUCCUCAAAGGGUGUAUCAGAGAUUCCAAAAUCCAAACUAUGGUGGAAUGAAUGGGAAAAUUUGUAUUCAUUUGGUUUGUUUGGUUUCUUUGAGUACAAGAGAGAACCUCUAUCUAUUGAUGUAAGGUCCAAACCACAUCUUAUAUAUCUAUAUUCAAUGCAAUGUUGAGGGAGUGAGUUUACUCCCUCCUGAUAGAUGAA